CAAAGUCGGGUUCUAAAUAUUCCUUGAAGCUCACCGCAGUUUGAAGUAUGAAAUUCUCUCCACAACAUGACUCUCAAGUCCAAAGGCUUGGUAUGCGUUCUCUGAGGCAAAGGGGCAUCUAGGCAGACGUGCAAAGCCCUGUUUCAAAACUCGUGAGGCGUUGGAAUUAAUUGGCCACACUCUGUCUGCCACCGGGCAUACAGGCCUGCAUACCACACCGUAUUCGGGAAAAAGCAAAUACUGAAAUAUAAAGGGAGCUGAAGUCACAACGCAGGCCGUGAUUAAUAUUCACGCUCAAUCAAACUUAUUGCCUUUCACAACAUCGUCGACACCCUCUCAAAAUGGUAGCAGGAGGGAUAUCAGAUGCCUACCAGCCCACCAAAGACUUUGUCAACCACAUCAAAAGUGCUCGGCCUUGCUGGGAAGCCACUCAGCAUGAAGCCCGGAAAGUCGACCAAUACGCUGAGCAUGCCAGGCAGAUUUACGAGCAACAAGGUGUUCCUGCGCACACGUACAAGGCCAUUCACUCCAAUGGCUUUGCGCAAGGGGUAGCUUUCCAGGUCAGAAAUGAAGAGCCAAACCGACCCGAGUUUGGCGGGAAAGUUAUGUUCAGUCAGGGUAAAUCGAACAGGAGGCGACUAGACAUUCAUCGAGCACACGAAUUGGCAUACAAGGAUCAUGAGCAUAAUCAACGAAUGUGGGACGCACAAUUGCAAGACCAAAAGACGAGGUCUUCUCAGCCAAUUUCUCCACCCCCGUCAUACCAGCAACAGUCCAUGAGCAAUCCUUAUCUGCCGGCAACCCUGCACCGCCAUAUCCACACGAGAAGAUGGGUGGAGGGGCUGAAGAGGGAGCACAAUACUGGAAUGGAUACGCAUUUGUUUAAAGCGAGAAUUGGCUGAAUAGUAAGCUGUGAUGGCUAUCAAAUAUACGAAUUUCUGUGGGAUAUGAAUACGUGAUUGUUGAUAUCUUGAGAAGUGAGUGAUGGAGGUUGGGUUUGGUGAUCUCGAGC